AGAAUCUAGGUUUCUGGGUUGAACCGGUUGAACUGGUGCUGAAUUCAAGUCCUCCAAGUUCGUACGCACGAGGUGGGAAGUCGUGCUGACGACGGCAUGUGCGUUCAAGUCACUUUCGUCGGAGCGAGAUGGCGGAGUAGGCUACUUUCACUGAAUUAAUAACACAAAAAUACAGCAAUGUUCUGAAACUCUUGUUCUAGAAAAUGAAGAACAAAUGUGCAUUAGGUAUACUUCGUUCUUUAUUGUUAAGUUGCAUUGCUAUAAUGCCAUAUGAUGCGUCGUCGAUUAACUUACUGUGCUGUAAAUAGAAAAGCCUGACUAUAACACAGCGAAAUAAAUACCUUUAAGUAUUGCCAGGUUAAUCACUGACAGAUCGGGGUUUAAAGAAAAUCCCGAGCUCCCCACUGGUAUUGCUUCCCUAUAUUGUGGAAGCGUUCAUGUGCAUUCCCCUCGUAAAUACGAUCUAUGAGAUGACUUGAACGCACCAAUAAUAUUCACAAGAAAAUGAGGAGGCUUUGGCCGAAAAAAAAAAAAAACUUUCGCGUUGGAAAGUUUGCGGCUAUUUAUAUAAAAGCGGGGACAAUCCCACAGGUUGGCAUGUGAAUCUCGGAGGGCGCUGAGGAGAAACUACUUUCACUUUUGAGAAGCGAAGGACCUCUCAUUUCUCCGAAGAAAAACUUAACUGGAUCAGAAGCUGUUUGCAGUCCCCUGUACAUACUUGGCAUGUUUGUGAAUUUACUUCAAUAAAACUAAAGAUGAUUGCUUCUAAAUGAACCACGUCUGGUUUUGGAAGUUGAACGUGUACAUCUGGUGUUAAAAACAGUAAUUCACUGUUGUCAACAUGGACUUAUGGGAAACUGGAAAUCUCAGAAGAUGGUGGUUAUUUUAUUUCCUGCCUCUGUGUCUUUUAACAAGUGAAGUGUCUCUGCAGGAGACUGUUGAGGGUUUUAUUGGAGGUUCUGCUGUUUUACCUUGUUCUACUGAAGAACCUCUGAAUCCAAAUCAAAACAUCACAGUGCGCUGGAUACACAGAGACGACAAUGUGUAUAUCAUUAUUAAUGGUCAAGUCUCUGUGGAAAGACAGGAUCCAGAGUACAAGAACAGAGUUGAAAGCUUUCCUGAGGAGUAUCUGAGAGGAAACUUCUCCAUCAAACUCAACAACCUUCAACACAAUGAUACAGGACUAUACAAUUGCUACAUCAUCAUGAAGGAAUCAGUACUCAAGGGUGUUGAACUUUUCACUCGAGAGAGAUCAGAAAGACAACUCCCCAGUAAAGCCACAGAACCAAGACCAGAGAUGACUGUUAUGAUCAUUUCUGCUCUGUUUAUUGGUAUUAUAUCUUCAUUGAAUAACUGUGUCACAGGGGUUUCUUCAUAAAUCACAGCGUCCCAAGCCUGGAUAAAGGAGGAGGAGCUGGAGAACUACUUUAUAUAUUCACUACAAUAUCAUCGGAGCAGGCGCUUCUCAUCACCUGAUGUCUUCAAUGUCAGCUGAGAGAGAGAGAGAGAUCGGGAAAGAUCCAUGAGCUGGGAUUCAAGUUCAGGACGCCAGCAGCGCAGCGGCUCUGUGUGACGGCAUCAGCAAUAUAUUUAACUUUUCUGAACUAUCUUGUAGAGCUAGAAAUAUCAUGUUAUUAACAGGAAAUACAUAUUCAGAAAUGUUUUUACAGGAACUACUCAAUGUUUG